AUGGCCGCCCGUCUACGCAAGACAUUCCACUACCCGACCGAAGAUGCAGGCAGUGACGACAGCGACCGCGAAGAACUCGACGAGCAAGAGCAGGAAACAAUCAUCGAAGAUCUGGCAAAGCGCGACUUGGACAACACAAUCUUCUACCGUCGUGCUUUCGUUGGCCUGCCCGCUGCUGCAGCGCUCAUCUAUCUGCCUGUUCUGUUCUCUGCCGAAGCUUUCAGACAUGUCUUGUUGGCUUUGCUGUCCUUGACCGCCCUCGGCGGCACUGUUUACAUCUUGCUCUGUGUUCCCUCUGCGCCUGCCGCUGUGGACAGCUCGAGGUUGUCUGCUGCCAUGAUUGACAGCAGGGGUCCUUUGGAUAUUGCUUUGCCUUGGUUGAAUGCUGCGCUGAGUGCGGUACUUGCCCUGUCUGGUGUGCUGGCUUGGAGGCGAGACUUGGUCGACGAAGCCUGGCGCGCCUUUCUGCCUGGUGGUGCGUUCUCUUUGUCCACCGCUCUUUUUCCAACACUCGCUGACUCUUUGUUUACAGCAAUCUUCCUCGUCACCAUGUACGCCCGCUCCCAACUCGUCCCGCUCGAUGUCGCCAGCUUGGAACGUCUCAAGUACAAUUACAAGGGUGCUUGA